UGAGGAAUAAUCUGCCGGGUCGCACCGCGUUCUGAAGGGUCCCCUCCAGAUUUCUCCGAGUUGCGGCACCGCGUCCAUGCCACUCCCGGAGCGACGACCCUAUUGGUCGGAGUUUUUCUUCCGUAAAGGUAGAGAGAAAGUGGAGAGCAGAACACGGCCUUCUGGACUCUAUACCAUCGCCAACCGAGGGCUGGACCGAUUGCAGCAUACUCACCAU